AUGUCCGGCCCAACCCCACCCCAUCUAAUCCGCUACACAUCCCUCCUCUCCCCUCGCAUCGACCCCUUCCUCUUCACAGCCAUCGGCAUCGCGGCGUACAUUCUGCACGAAAGGGAUGCGUUGAAGGGCAGGGAGGAUGAGCGAUUGGUGGCUCUGGUUAGGAGGAAAUGGGGGAGGAUUGUGGAGGGGAGGAGAGGGAUGGAGACGAGGGGGGACGAUGCUCCUGCCGGACGCAAAGAGCAGCAACGACAAGGGCAGUACAGUCGGCAAAUAGACGAAUCAUGCAUACCGCUGGCCCGACCUGCACCAGCGACCGGUUGCACAACAUACCCUUCACCAGCCGAUCUGCAGAAGGCGGCAGAGACACGCAUCGGCGCGACGGCGGCGGAGAAGCACGACAUCCACAUCGGAAACCCGGAUAUAACCACACCUCGAGGACAUUACGGCUAGUUGUAGAUGGGCGACGGGAGGAGGACUGGUCUCUACCGGGUGGCGCUUGCGAUAUCAGCUCAAGAAGCUGAUGUUGGAGUAUCAGGCAGAGAUGGGUCGGGAAACAUGGGUCGGGACGGGGGUCGGUCUGGCGGAAGGGGGCGCAAACAAGGCACACGCCUACUCUCACGGUCUAGAGGGCGUGGCGUAUGCGGGAUGGGAGGAGGAAAGGUCAAAGCCAUGAACCUGAGCGUAUCACCGGCAGCGAUUGUUUAGCAUACUAGAUAGAU